AUGCUGCCAUUGGGCCUUCUGACGGCCGCGACUGGCCACCCUAUGCUCGUCGAACUGAAGAGCGGCGAAACCCUAAACGGACUGCUCGUCAACUGCGACACGUGGAUGAACCUUACCCUGAAAGAGGUUGUGCAAACGAGCGCCGACGGUGACAAGUUCAUGAGAUUACCAGAGAUUUACGUUCGCGGAAGCACAAUAAAGUACCUUCGAGUGCCGGACGAGAUCGUCGACGUUGUAAAGGAACAGCAAGCCAAGGACCAAGCGAACCGCGGCGGCCGAGGAGGAGGCAUGCAUGGACGAGGAGACCACCGGGGCGAUCGUGGUGGAGGCAGAGGAAUGAGGGGCCGAGGACGCGGUCGCGGAAGAGGAGGAGGCGGCGGUGGUGCUUGA